CCUACUCAUUAAACCUCGCUGAACUGAGAGACAAAGUCUGAAAACACAAAGCCGAACAGAGACUCUCUGCAAACCAAACUCCACUCUGCAAACCUAACUUCAUUACCAUACACCACGAGAGAAACUCCACCGAAAUCCACAAUGAUGAAGAUCGCAGCAUCACUGACUAUCGCUGUCAUUUGCGCAACGCUGUUUGUAGCAACAGAUGCCGCCAACGAUGGAUAUUCAGAUUUAUGUUCAACUCUCCGGACAAGGGGUUUCACGAGGCUCUUUACUUGUGCAACCCACAUCGACGUAUGCACGCAUACACGGUACGAAUGUGACUCCGUUGUUGACUGCCCGGACUUUUCGGAUGAAGAUCAUUGCGUAAUUCAGCAUGCAACAAACUGCAUCAACGAUUUCAAAGGCAAGACCGCAUCAAACAACCAGCCUCUUGAGACCUUCCGCUGCGAUGAUGGCAUGUGUAUCUUAGGAUGUUACCAAUGUGACAAUAUACAAGACUGUGUGGAUGGAUCGGACGAACGUGGAUGCACCGAGAACCACAUUAGACCGCCAUGUUAUUAGGAAAGUUUACCCCCUCAACGAUGACCCCGAAUGGGAGGUCACACACAACUAACCCCGUAACACAUCAAAAGUAGACUGGUCCCUAGCCUGGCCAUCUGAAGUCACACUUCCAGGCUCGUGAAUUACCCAUGAGAGUGGCCUCGUGCCUAGGUCAAUCCCCGUCCAUAAUCACAUUUCAC